CCUCUGCCUAACAAUGCACCGAAUUCCACGCCCCCGUGUCGUCCUCGUCCACGACCGGCGUCGAGCUCGCACCAAACGUGCAGCAACCGAACUGCAAAAUCUCCGGCGCCUUCCGGCCUAACCACGCAGACCAGGGGACAGUAUAUAUACAGCCCCGUUGGCCGUUGUUAUCUACAGGUCACGGUCUCGUGGAUACUGGAAAACCAUCAUCAGAGGCAUACAGGAGAGGAGUAGCGUGGCAAUGGCGUUCAUGCGGUACUACCGCGGGCUGCCGCAGGGGGAGACGACGGUGGAGGAGUUCAGGGCGUGGCUGAGCCAGUUCGACGCGGACGGCGACGGCCGGAUCAGUCGGGAGGAGCUGGAGGAGGCGCUGCGAAGCGUCAACCUGUGGUUCGCGUGGUGGAAGGCGAGGGAGGCGAUGCGAGCGGUCGACGCCAACCGCAACGGCGCCGUGGACGCUGACGAGAUGGGCAGGCUUUACGCCUUCGCGUACAAGCACCUCCACAUCAAGAUGAGCCAGCUGGAGGAGUAGGGAUCGGUGGUUUUCUUUGUAAAAAUAGAGUGAAGUACUGUAACGUAAACAGCUAAACAUCAUUUGUAUAGUCGUGUGCUGCGAAAGUUUGGUAAUUAACCAUUCUCGGUGGGUUCAUUCUGCCGUGUUUGCUGAAUGCAAACUUUCGUGAUCUAGGGCUAGAAUACUAAAUAAGUCCGAGGAGUAGAAUAAGUUGUAGUAUAUACUUCAUCACGCAACAAUCGCUUUUAUGAAUUUGUACAUUAUAAAGGUUCAACAUUAUCGAUCAUUAAGUUUCACAGAUUUC